AUGCCUGAGACGCCAGAGGAACGUCGGGUUCGGCUUGCAGAGGCUCACCGCCUCUACUCUAAGCAAAAUAAAUGGGAGUCACGAUGGGUGGAGCGGCAGAAAUCCCUCCAAUCGCGGGGCUAUAUGUUGCGUCCAAGAUACCGACCUGAAUGGGUGCCUUCAUGGCAAGGACUCGAUGAACAUCCGAUGUAUUUCGAGGACUCGAUCAAAAUACCUCUACGUCAGCACCUCAUUGACGCUACGAGGAUUAGUGACGGGAAGCUCGUAUACAUCAAGAGAGUCAAGACGGGGGAUCAAGAAUCCAAGAUUGCUACAAUGCUCUCGUCUCCAGAUCUACUUGACGACCCGGCUAACCACUGCGUGCCUGUCCUGGACCUGUUCCAGGACGAAGACGAUGCUGCAGUGUCGUACAUGGUUAUGCCAUUGUUACGCUUUAUCGAUGACCCGCCAUUUGAGACUGUGUGGGACAUAUUGGAUCUUGCGACCCAGUUAUUGGAGGGCUUGGUGUUUCUGCACAAGCACGGCGUUGCUCAUCGGGACUGUUCUUACGAGAACCUGCAGAUGGAUGCUAAUGCACUGUUUCCCGAGGGUUUUCAUCCUGUUCAUGGUUUGUUCCUUCCAGAUGGAAUGACUCCAGCGUCUCGGCACUCCCGCAAGGGCAUGCCGAUCAAAUAUUACUAUAUCGACUUUGGUAUAUCUGUCCACAUUCCGCCGGAUACACAUCCGAAGCUGGCAGUCGGACCAUACGGGAGGGAUCGGGAAGUGCCUGAGCUGUCUGCAGACAUUCCGUACGAUCCAUUCAAGGUCGACAUCUUCAUCAUAGGGAACUUGUUCCGUCGCAAUUUCCACGACAAAUUCGCGAACGUGGGUUUCUUCCUCCCGCUCAUUGAACCCAUGACUCGUCGGCAGCCUGAAUUGAGGCCAACUGCUGAAGAGGCUCUUGCCCAGUGGCAGAGAAUCCGUGAGCGCGUCCCAUAUGUCCACAGGGCGUGGAGACCACGACCGCGUGAUGAUGACUGGGCUUCUAACAUCGUGUUUGAUACCUAUUCCCUUUUACGUGGUGUGUACUAUGGUAGCAGAUGGAUUUUUGAUCAGGCAGCAUCCAAUGUUUAGGUUGUUUUGUUAUUGUCUGCU